AUGAAUGAAGCUAUUGCCAUGAUAAGAGCGUGCAUGAUUGCCUUACAAGAUCGACAGAAGAGCUAUGCUGAUCCUAAGCAUAGGUAUGUUGAGUUCCAAGUGGGAAAUCAUGUAUUUCUACGUAUUUCGCCUAUGAAAGUAAUUAAGAGAUUCGGCAAGAAAGGAAAGUUAUGCCCUCGAUUUGUUGGACCAUUCGAGAUUUUAGAGAGAAUUGUAGAAGUGGCUUAUAGUUAUGAGGCAUUGGAUAUGCAACAAGACCUAUCAUAUGAAGAAAAACCAAUAAAGAUUCUUGAUAAGAAGGAAAAAGAAUUACGGAAUAAGAUGAUCAGGUUAGUUAAGGUCCUUUGGAAAAAUGGCUCUGCAAAAGAUGCAACGUGGGAGUUGGAAACUGAUAUGAUGGAGCAAUACCCACAGUUGUUCAGAUAUGCUGAAGAGAGGGCGACGACAGGUGACUGA